AUGGAUGGCGACUUUGUUGCCGCCGCAGCUCCAGUAAUGAGCGCCAUCGCGGGACUUAAAAAGCCAGAAUUACACGACGUCGAGGGUCGUAGAAAAUUCUUUUCUGGCAUGGCACCAAUUGAACCGACGGCUAAAGGGGUUGGUGUUGAAAAGUAUACCAUUUCAGCGUCGGAUGGUCAUCAACUUUUGAUAUGCCACUACAAGAGAGAGGACACUAUGGAUCAAGCUUCUCCCGCGCCAGCAAUUGUUCAUUUCCAUGGAGGUGGCCUCAUCACAUCGAAUGCGGCUAAUUCCAUCCCCAUGAUCUCUUAA